AUGUUGGACGACAAGGUCCUGGUCCUGGUGGCGCUGGUGAGGCCAGGUGACCCUCCCAGCAAAUGUCUCAUGCCCUUGGCUGAAACCAUGUGUGCAGUGGCCCGUGAACGCGGUGUGACUGAAGUCAAGCUGCUGGUGGAUCACAACUUGCGUCCCAAAGUGAAGGUGGGUCCCGAUGGUACCCAGUCAGCGUUGGCAUACCGGUACAUUGUCACGCCCAAUGUGAAUGUUCAUUGCUACAAACCUAAAGAGUUGGGGGACGAUGUGGACAAGAAGGAUUGCCGAAGCACCGAACUUGGUGCCUGCUGGUCUGGGCGCUUUGCCAAUCUCCCACUCUGCAGCCAUUGCGACGUGGUGUGGGAAGUUCAAAUCGGCGAAGAAGUGCCAGCAGUGAUCAAACCAACGAAGCCGAAAUUCUAUUUGCUUGGUGGAGUUUCGGUGGAAAGUGGGCAUGCUGUAAAGCUCAAAUGA